GCUGUGCUGGACGUUCUGAAGAAGAAGUGCUCCCUGCUUUACAACGAGGGCGAGAAGACGACGUUGAAGAAAUACCAGCAGGCAGUCAAGUCUGGCGUGGUGGACCUGCAGUUCUUCGCGACGAAGGCGCUCUUGUUCACGUACACGUGUGUCCAGUUGGGCUACAGCAUUCUUCCGAAGGCAGUUGCCAGGACCGCGGCCAAGAAAGCUCCAGCUGGUGCGGCAGCUAGUAGCGGUGCAAUCGCGCCCGUGCAACUGGAGGGUGAGGCCACCAUGGCUCAGGCCACGCUGUGCAUGGACAAGGCGAGCUUCUCGGCUGAGAACCAGUUGCACCUUGCUUCGAGGAUGUACUCCGACAUGGGGAAUUUCUACACACAGACGAUGAUAUGCAGGACGCUUGGGCCACUUUAG